UGGAAAUUAUUUAUUUCCGGGGAAAACUCUAAACCAUAGUUUCCAUCAAUAAUAUGAAUAAAAUUAAAAUCCCCAACAGAAAUUCAAACCCAGAAAGAAACUGAAGCUGAAUUCAAAAAGAUGCUUCUCUCGAAACCUUCACUCAUCACGCACAACUCCCUACCCAAAACCUUAACUAAACCCCUUAAGAAAUCUUCCUUAACAAUCACCAAUGCCAUCUCCAGUGGUAGUGAAAGAAAACCCAUGUCUGGUUUUGAAGCUCGACUCUCUCUUGUCUUGGCUCUCGCUUCCCAAACUUCCUCUCUUUCUCAGCGACGUACAUUUCUUGUGGACUUGGCUACUGAGACUGCGAGAUAUGUUUUCCCCAAAAGAUUUGAGAGCCGGAAUUUGGAGGAAGCCUUGAUGGCAGUUCCGGAUCUUGAGACGGUGAAGUUUAAGGUUUUGAGUAGAACAGACCAGUACGAGAUAAGAGAAGUUGAGUCGUACUUUAUAGCUGAAACGAUGAUGCCUGGGAAAACUGGAUUUGAUUUCAAUGGUGCAUCUCAAUCGUUCAAUGUGUUGGCUGAGUACCUGUUUGGUAAGAAUACAAUAAGUGAGAAAAUGGAGAUGACUACACCUGUUAUUACGCGUGAGACUCAGUCAGAUGGUGAGAAAAUGGAAAUGACAACACCUGUGAUAACAAAGAGGCUGACAGAUGAAGAUAAGUGGCAGAUGUCUUUUGUCAUGCCUUCAAAGUAUGGUUCCAACUUGCCAUUACCAAAAGAUCCAUCUAUAAGGAUAAGAGAGGUGCCGAAGAAAGUUGUUGCCGUGGUUGCCUUCUCAGGUUUUGUUACUGAUGAAGAAGUUCAACGACGGGGAUCAAAAUUGCGAAAUGCUUUGAAAGAUGACAUAAAGUAUCAAGUAAAAGAGGGUGCUUCAGUUGAAGUUGCUCAGUAUAAUCCACCAUUUACGCUUCCAUUUCAACGUCGUAAUGAGAUAGCACUGGAAGUAGAAAGAAAGGAAGAAUAACACAAAGUUUUCAGAAAAUGUGGAUGCUAGAGUUAUACUGUAUCGUAAAUUUACACCUUUUCUUCUGUAAAGAAAGAUA